UCAAGGGACAGGUGAAGCUAAGGUUGUUAACUGCAUUACCUUAAUGCACGGGAUAUAGUGGACGGAGGUUGACUCAAUUCACAGAUUGUGGGCAGCUUCCUUUUCCUGCUCGAUGCUUCGUUUACGCGAGGCUAGCUUAUACGCUCGGAACAGUUUUUCAGGUUGAACGAAUGCCACUUGGAAAAAGAAACGUGAUAUCACGAUGGAGGGGCCUUCAAAGUGGGCGUGGCUUCUGAAAGUUGCCUCCCUUAUUCUGAUUUCUGGAAUUGGCCGCACCGUUGCACUCUGGGAUUGCCGUGGAAACGUCACUUACGUCGAGUGUCGCGGGAAAAAUUUGUCUACUUUACCAAACACCGAUGACUUGGUGACACAUUUGGACACGAGCCAAAACAAUUUGCAAAAAAUCGAAUCACUGCAAUAUCCUGAACUCGUUUUUCUUAACAUGAGUAACAAUUUGAUAUACCAUAUACACAAUGACGCUUUCGAGGGCAUGGGAAACCUUAAAACUUUGGACCUUUCUUUUAAUGCUUUGAGUGGGUCUAAUUUCACAGAGGACACAUUUGCAAAUCUAGUCGCUUUGGAGGCUCUUUAUUUACAAGGGAAUCCCAUAUCCGCCAUACGCGUCAGAACUCUGGACUCACAGGCAAUGCCAAAACUGAAGCUGCUGGAUUUGAGUUUUUGUGGACUUGUUCAACUGAGUGGAUUUGCGGAUUCUGAUAUCCAGUACCUCGAUUUCCUUUCUUUGCGAGGGAAUCGGCUGACGGAAGCUGAUAUUGACGUGUUUCAAGGCGUUUCCUUCCUGGAAAAGCUAGACAUGAGGGAUAAUCCGAUUCAUCGGAUAAAUAAGCAGCCGUUUUAUCAUCUUUUCCACCUGAGGGAGCUAUUGUUGGACAGUUGUCAGAUCAGUACUCUAGGCGAGGAUGCGUUUGUCGGAUUGGAUAAUUUACAAGUCUUGUCCUUGCGGAACAACUCUUUGAGUGAACUGCACUGGAAAUCUCUUCUCCCACUGGACAAGCUGCAGGAACUGAUUUUGAGCGAAAAUCCCAUCAAAAUCAUCGACACGAAUUUCGUGUUGAAUGUCAAGCAUAUUAAUUGGAUGGUACAAACUCUGCGAAUGGAUAACAUGCCUUACUUGAAUUCGAUUGGUCAGGACGCCUUUUCCAACCUCCAGGAGCUAAGUGUUAUCUCCCUUGUGAACAACAGUCUCUUGACCAGUAUUUCAGCCUCUGCAUUCCGUAUUCCAUAUGGUUCCCUAAAAACAAUUUACCUCACCAACAGCGGCCUUAGCACUCUACCCUCCGAUGCCAUGGACUGGGACAAUUUACAGUGGGUGGACAUGCGGGGUAAUCCGUGGUACUGUGACUGCAAGUUUCGCUGGAUAUUCUACGUCAAAGGCAUUACAAAUAAAACAAGUCCAAUAAUCUGCCAAGGCCCCGCCGAGUACUACGGUGCCGAGCUCCUCCGCCUUUCCCCAGGGAGCCUGGGCUGCGUGAACAGGGCAGCUAAGGUCGCCCUAGGCAUCCUAUUAAUCGCCUGUAUCUGCAUGGCCUUAGGAUUCGGCGUCUACUUUAUCCUUCAGUGGCGCCGUAAAAGUCGUUACACUAUGAAGGACGUGAUGUGCUGUGCGUGCGUUCGCAAGAAGGAUGAACGUUACAUCUCCGUGUACCAGAAUGACGACUUCGAACCGUUUGCUAGGAUAACCUUUACCGAUGAAGACGACCGCUCUAAAACCGCCGUGGAUGUGUGAAGUGUGACACCAUUUGACGAUAUUUGAGGUAUUUUAUGGCUGCUCUCAAAAAGUAUAUUAUAUUAUAUUUCAAAACAUAGAUUUCAUUCGAAGAAAAACAGCUUGGAGAAUAACGGAAACAGAGUCCUAUCCUACUCUUCCCAUGCAGAGGUCUGUAGCCUUCCGUCUGCUAGAAAUGAUAGAUUCGAAUGGUCUGUCACGGAGUUGGUACUUUUGUCCUUACAGGGAUAUCAGCUUAAGAAUCUUGUAUCAUAUUUCAUUUGUCAAGCAAUUUUUUUCAGCUGACCAAUUUCUACUUUAUGCCAAACAUACUUUGCAGUGUUCUACAGUUCUAGCAAUUUAGCAAGGUGUGUGUAUUUUUCUUUUUCAUGUCCAUAAAGUGGAAAUAACUGGCAAUUAUUUAGGCAUAAUUAUUAAUUAUUAUUAAUCUUUUUACAUUUAACACAGUGUUUUUAUGUACAUAAUGAGCUAUGACAAUGUCGCUUAUCCUUCCAGGCGGCAAAUGAAGAUUAUAGUGGUGACAAUGCAAUUUUAUAGAAUUGCGUUAUCAUGCAGUAUUGACAAAACCGCUUUCUUGACAAAUUAGCUUUGUUCAGAUUGCAUCCCAACUGGGCGAAAAGAAUAUUGUGUUUUGUAGACUUUGUAAAAGUGCUUUUGUUUAGUUCUCUGCUUUCUGAGAGUGAUUGUGUCGUGUUUUUUUUCUCGUUAUUAUGUGGACGAGGCCUCAUAUCCGAACUGCUAUGUUGAAAGAUUCACUAUGCCUUCUGUGGGAGAUAUCUUUAAAUAACUCUGAGAAUUCACAUUGAAGAAAAAAGACGAACAACAGAUGUCAUGGCCUUUGUAUGCAUCGUAUUCGGGAAGGGGGCAGUGAAGACCAGUCAUAAAGGCCGGAUUAACAAUAAGCUGAAGGUGGACUAUGAAAAAUAGCUGCCUGAAGAUAGGCUAUGCAAUCUUUGUAAAGGCCGCGUUUGAGAGGAGUAGCCUUAUGUUUUUGAAUGUAAUCACUUUGGGUUUGUUUCGUUUUUUUGUCCAUAAUAUGGCUCAUCCAUAAUGAUUGUGUACAACGCUGCUCUAGAUGUUAUACCUGUGUGAGAAUAAGAAUCUGUUUGUAAUUAAUAAACUGGUAAAUUCGUCAAUAAAAUCUCGAUAGAGUGCAAAAAAUCCUACGGAUAUAAUGUCUGUGUAAUGAGAUAUCCGUAUUUGUAAAAUGUUUAAAUGUCUGUUAUUGUUGUAUAGCCUCAUAUGUCCGGUAACGGUUGUGAGGAGAAAUAAACCUGUAUCUGAAUCCGACGAUUCAGGUGAAUAUAUCAGAUAUAUACAGAUAUCAGACACAGACAGAUAUAUAUUGUCUGAUAUAUUCACCUAAGGGAGUGGCGCCAUUUGUGAUCAUCAGAGGAGAAAUGCAUAUUCGCUGAAUAGUCUACCGGUCAACUACAUCCCAUAUCUGUAGAAGGCAUGUUAGUCGAGUGGUCUACACGGUUGACAUGUAUUGGUGAAGAUUUGGGCCUGACUUUGAUGUCGCUGGUUCGAAAACCGCAAAAAAUCUGUAAAUUUACUUCUGCAGGUUUUUACAAAAUUCUUUACUGCAGUGAUGUAAAUACAAAAUACAGUGAAAUUCGCUUUGUCGAAAGUUUGUAGUCCUUGACCAAAAACGAAAUGUGUUUUAAUAUAGCUGUUGAUAUAGGCUGAAGUUUCCAAAUCCAAGAUCCACAAAUAAUCCGCGAGCAACUGUUGAAGCUGUAGUAUUUUUACGAACCAAUACACAAGCUGUUUUGUGAAUGUUUAAUACGCCCUGAUAUGUACAAUGUGAAUCAUAU